AUGUCACUUUCAGUCAAUACUAUUAUCAUCGCCUUAUCUCUUUUAAUCACUUUAUACACUGAAGCCGACGAAAAAUACCAGUGGAAAAAAGUGUCAAAAAAUCCUUCAUUGAAACGCUCGAAAAAUUUCUUGGUGAAAUUUAUAAAACAACCGAUUGAAACAUUAUGUAUUCGAUCUCAUAACAAUACAGUUUAUCUUGGUACUAAACCAAUCACUUCCAUAACGGUUAGCACCAUUGAUCAAUGUCAUGACACUUGUCUCGAACUGUAUCCGUAUUGUGUAGCCGUGAUAUUCUAUAAAAUAAUCACUCUGAAUAGUCCAUUAUGUUAUCUGUUCAACAAAAGCAGCAUUUAUAGAGAUGUUGUAUUAUAUCCUGAAAAACCAUUAGCUGAGCAUGAUGUCAUUAAUACUAUUGAAAUUGUUGCUAACUGUCAUGAAUUUAAUGCUGUACCACCACUUGCGGAUACUUUUACGGCAUCAUCGGAUAAAGUUUCUCGAAUUAGACGAGCAACAAACUUUGGUAAUCGUAUCAAACGCAUGGGAUUGUGGGCCCAAUGGACAAAAUGUCGCAAUGGAUAUCAAAUCCGUUCACAACCAUGUGAAUAUGGUCGACUGAUUCAGAAACGCCAAUGUUCCAAUAAAUCAUCCACUGAAAUACCAUUUUUCGUACAUCCAUCAUCAUUUUUACCGUAUCCACCACAACCAUAUGAACAUCCUAAUAAUAAAUCACCGGAAUAUGAGCGUCGAAUAUCCGAACAUAUGAAACAACUACACCGAUUGCGACAGAACUGUUGUAAACGGCAAGAAUGGUAUCGUAAACACGUACGUGUUGGCAAAGAUUAUAUAGACUUCUGUGGUCAUUCCUGCCCACCACCCAGUUUACUGGAUGUUGAACAAGAUACGGAACAACUACUACAUAACGAAAAGCAGCAACAAAGUGUCUUUUCAGAAGAGCCCAUAAGUCGGAUUCAAGAGUACAGAAAAGGACAGUCUGAUGAAAUUGUGAUGUUAUCCGCUCCGGUCUCAUUAUUACCUGAUUAUGAAAGUGAAUGGAAAAAUGAACAACAACAAUCGUCUAUAAAAAUGCAUCUACCGAAUCUGAAUGGUGAAGUCAGCUCAGAUUUACCUCGAGAAGUUCAAACAGCAACCGGAAAUCAUGAAGGAACUGAAACAAUGAAUCAUAUCAGAACAUAUGAAGAAUAUUUUCAUAACUUGCAACCCCAACUGGGUCAGACUACCGAUGAAACCAGAAAACCUACUUUACCUAAUGAUAAGAAAGAACAGGCACACCAGCUAAGUAACUCUCAGGAAUACCACGGACAUGAAGAUCAUGAUGAUCACUACCAACAAUACUCUCAACAAGAUGAAUUCAUGAACGAUCGUGACGGCAUUAUUCAAGAAGAUUAUUAUCCAGAGCACAACAAAAAUAAACAACCGAUUAAUCCCGAAAAUGAUAAUACAAAAGAAGGCGAAUUUGAUGGAACUGACUACGGGUAUGACUAUGACAGUCAAGAAAGAACAGUAGUCACUACUUACGAGGAACAAGGCUCUCCUUCAGAAAUAACCAAUAAACAGUUCUCGCAUCAAAAUUACCCUUACGAUAGCCGCACUGAGACGUUUUCAUCAACAUUAGUACCACAUGUGCAUUUUAAUCAACAACCGAAUCUAAUCCAAAGCAUGAACGAGCGACAUAACUUUACUGACCCCCCACUACAAGAACGACUGCAACAUUUAGGUGCACCAUCUGAAAACUUUUAUCACCAAAAACAACAGUUUCCCGAAUCCCUACCUGAGGAUUUCAAUCACGAGCAACAAAUUUACUCACAGUCCCCCGGAUCCGAACUAGAUAAAUACUAUCGCCAACAGCAACUUCAAUCCACAAUUUCUCCUGAAGAAUAUGCUCGUGAACAUCCACAGCCUUCCGGAUCUGAACUAGAUGAAUACUAUCGUCGACAGCAACUUGAAUCCACAAUUUCUCCUGAAGAGUAUCAUCGUCAACAACAAGCACAUCCACAGUCUUCCGGAUCCGAACUAGAUGAAUACUAUCGUCGACAGCAACUUGAAUCCACAAUUUCUCCUGAAGAGUAUCAUCGUCAACAACAAGCACAUCCACAGCCUUCCGGAUCCGAACUAGAUGAAUACUAUCGUCGACAGCAACUUGAAUCCACAAUUUCUCCUGAAGAGUAUCAUCGUCAACAACAAGCACAUCCACAGCCUUCCGGAUCCGAACUAGAUGAAUACUAUCGUCGACAGCAACUUGAAUCCACAAUUUCUCCUGAAGAGUAUCAUCGUCAACAACAAGCACAUCCACAGCCUUCCGGAUCCGAACUAGAUGAAUACUAUCGUCGACAGCAACUUGAAUCCACAAUUUCUCCUGAAGAGUAUCAUCGUCAACAACAAGCACAUCCACAGCCUUCCGGAUCCGAACUAGAUGAAUACUAUCGUCGACAGCAACUUGAAUCCACAAUUUCUCCUGAAGAGUAUCAUCGUCAACAACAAGCACAUCCACAGCCUUCCGGAUCCGAACUAGAUGAAUACUAUCGUCGACAGCAACUUGAAUCCACAAUUUCUCCUGAAGAGUAUCAUCGUCAACAACAAGCACAUCCACAGCCUUCCGGAUCCGAACUAGAUGAAUACUAUCGCCGACAGCAACUUCAAUCCACAAUUUCUCCUGAAGAGUAUCAUCGUCAACAACAAGCACAUCCACAGCCUUCCGGAUCCGAACUAGAUGAAUACUAUCGUCGACAGCAACUUGAAUCCACAAUUUCUCCUGAAGAGUAUCAUCGUCAACAACAAGCACAUCCACAGCCUUCCGGAUCCGAACUAGAUGAAUACUAUCGUCGACAGCAACUUGAAUCCACAAUUUCUCCUGAAGAGUAUCAUCGUCAACAACAAGCACAUCCACAGCCUUCCGGAUCCGAACUAGAUGAAUACUAUCGCCGACAGCAACUUCAAUCCACAAUUUCUCCUGAAGAAUACCGUCGUGAGCAACCACAGCUUUCCGGAUCUGAACUCGAUGAAUACUACCGUUCGCAGCAGCACUACAGUGGAAAAGGCCGUCAGGAUAGUUUGGAAACGCGACAUUACCCCGAUAGUAGCAGGGAUCUAACCCAUGAGCAACAACAAUCUUCAUAUGUUCAAGGAUGGAAUUUAUGGACAACUUGGUCGAUCUGUCCUGUUACGUGCGGUGAUAGCGUACAAAUAAGACGUCGAACAUGUUUAAGUCGAACCGGAAUUAAUUGUCUUGGUGAAAUAACUCAACAACGACCAUGUUAUUUUAGACCAUGCGAUAUGUGGACAGACUGGAAUGAUAAUUGCGGCAGUUGUGCAAAUCAUUAA